AUGUCUUAUAGAGAUCUAAGAAAUUUUAUCGAAGCGAUGCGCGUACUGGAUUUCCCGCAGCAGAUAUCUAUGGAGAGCUUCAGGGUGCCCAAUUGGUCUUUGCUGGAGACCUGCGUACGGUGGCUAGCGGCGAGGGUGGAGCCCGACGUUCAGUUGACCGGCAGUGGAGAUUCCCUCGAGGGUCGAGUGGCUCUCGUGUCGCAUGCCUUAGAGUUGUUUCACUCUCGAGCUAAUUUGAAGCUGAAUGGAAAACGAUUGUACGGUGCGGACGGCUGGGCGGUACGGGAGUUGCUGAAAGUUGCCACGUACUUACGCGCGGCGCUCGAGUCGCCGCCUCCUGACGACCUCCGCGCAGACACCGGCACUCUCUCGUAUGAUGUCAGUAGCAGGAUCGGAGAGAUCAAGCAAGCGAGGUCCCUAGCGACGGAGAUCACAGCACAGGGAGCGUUUCUCUACGAUCUCUUGGCCAAAGAAGCUAAUAACAAGGAGCAGCGAGAGCAGGCGCUGUCGCGUCCGCUGGACGUGGUGUCGCUAGAGGCGUGUCUGCGGCGCGCGGUGUCCGGCGUGGGCGCGCGCGUGCACGAGGUGCGCGAGCAGGCGGGCGGCGUGGCGGCCAGUGAGGCGGCGCUCGACGCCAAGCUAGAGCGUCGAGCCGCCGAGUUGCAGCGUGCAGAGAAACGACUGCUCGCCGUCCAGAAGAUCAAACCAGCUUACCAAGCGGAACUGACAGUGCUGGAGAAGGAGAUUGAAGAGCUAUGGGACCAGUAUGUACUGCGGUACCGCUGCGUGGAGUCGCUCAAGCAUCAACUCAGCUUGCUUGAAAGGGCUCAAGCCGAGGCCGCAGAAGAGCAACAGGCGGCCAUAAUGCAGCUCAUACACAAGUACGAGACGGAGGAUGUACUCGGGAAACUCAGCGAAUCGGAUGACGAUGAUUCGAGCGAGGAGAGUAAGGACUCGAGUUCGAUGAAGCAGCCACGACCGGCCACCAGGCCGAGGACCCGGCUCAGGAUCAAGACCGCUGGCGGUCCGGGCGAAGGGCGGCGCGCUUUCGGUGCGAUGGCGGCGCGCGACUCGCUCGACGACGUGCGCCACGACAACGACUCCAAUUCCGAUACCGACCUCUCCGACACACAGCUCUAUGUUUGUUCAGGGGAGUCUGCGCGCUGGCCGCGUGCUCGCCCACGCACACGUACUCUAGCCGCAGCCGAAGACUUCGCGGAUCUCGGACAUGAUGAGGAAGAUAUAAGGGAGGGAACAGUGGCGAGGGUCGGGUCGGCAUCAGCGAGCUCCACCGACAGCGAACUGCGAAGAGCUUCCGCACUCACAGACGACGAGUUCUAA